AUGUCCCACGACGGACAAAUUGUUGUUUAUCAUCAUCAGUCACCUCAGGGCGAGGGACCCCAGGAUCAUCAGUCACCUAGCAGUGAGGGACACCAGGGCGAGCAUGGACAUCAUGGGUGUGGUGGACGAUUCCGCAGACAUGGGCUUGGUCAUCGAGGAGGGCAUGGCCGUCGUCACAGAGGCAGACACUGCGGAAAGCAACUCAUGGGAAUGGUACAGUCACAUCGCCACCACCAUGGACAUGGGAAAAAACUCAUUGGAAUAAUUAUGUCUCAUGGACAUCAUCACCAUGGUGGACACGGUCACUUUGGAGGGCAUGGCCACCGUGGCGGACAUCUUGGCGGCCUUUUCCACCAUGGGCAUGGAGGACCAGGAGGUGCUCAUUUCGAAAUGCAUGGUCAUACUCAUGGUGGAGGACAUCAUCACCAUCGCCAUCGUCAUCAUCCACAUUAG